CACAGAAAAAGAAGAAUGAAUUAUUCGGAUUACGACUCGGAUGGUUAUUCCUCAAGUGAGGAUGAAGACUAUGUCCCUUCUGAUGAUAAUCUGAGCGAGGAUGACAUGAAUGAAUGUGUGAAGGAGGACGCACUGGAAGGGGAGGAUCCCAACGAUCAGCAGUCAGGACAUGUGAAGAUGAAAAAGAAGAAAACUAAAGCAGACAUUCCUAUGAGAAAAAGGAAAAAAGGAGGCCUCAAACUGGCAGAAGAUGGUGAGGGAGGUUCGUCAGGCCAGCAGAAAGAGGAAGAUGAGCCAAAAGAAGAUCAUUUUGUAACCAAGUCUAGAGGGGACAAUGACGUUAAGCAGAAGAAGAAAGCAGAUGAUCUUUGGGCUAGUUUUCUGAGUGAUGUCGGCCCUCGACCCAAAGCAUCAGCUCCGAGUGCAGACACUCAGCAGUCCACAUCUACAGCUGGCCCAGAUACACCCAGUAAACCCUCUGCAGCGUCUCAGCAGGAGGACAAACCUAAAGAAUCCUCCAAAAUCACAAUUACCAAGGUGUUUGAUUUCGCAGGAGAAGAAGUUCGGGUCACCAAAGAGGUGGACGCAGACUCCCGGGAGGCCAAGAGUUUUCUGAAGGAGGAAGAGCAGUCAGUGUCAUCUGAGCCACAGCUGUCCGAUGCGCUCUCCUCUGGAUCCAGUGUGAAGAGGCCAGCGGGCAUGGGGAGCAUCCUGAAUCGCAUCGGGAGCAAAAAGCAGAAGAUGAGCACUUUGGAGAAGUCUAAGAUGGACUGGGAUGCCUUUAAAUCAGAGGAGGGCAUCGCAGACGAGCUGGCAAUCCAUAAUCGAGGCAAAGAAGGGUACGUGGAGCGGAAGAACUUCCUAGAGAGAGUGGACUUGCGGCAGUUUGAGCUGGAGAAGAGCGUGCGUCUGAACAACAUGAAACGGUGACAAGAGGAGAGAGCAGACACAUUCACUGAUCACAACACAGACUCCCAUAUUCACAUUCGCCCUGCAUACACUGUUGGUUUUUAUCGUCAUAUAGGUGGAAACAUUUUUCAGAUCCCUGGCCUGUAACAACGCUCCAAAAACUGGUCUGCGUUCACAAUCAAAUGUU